UGCAUACAUGUUUAAUUGACACAUGUAUUUAAAUAUACAAACAAAUGUAUCAACUAAUGCAAGAACAUCUUUCUCUUUCAGCCCCCACUUCACCAGCCUCUUUACCUUAGCAACUACAUACUUCCACCGUUAUCUCACUCGAUACGAUAAAACUUCAGUUACAAAAGCUCUAAGUACACAUUACACAUUCUGUCUGUUAUUACAACUAUUUCUUAACAGUAAUCAACAUUAAAUUCAAAAAAAUAAAAUUCACUUUCUUACCUAUCGACGUCUACUUCGUACCAGACUAUACUUUUUAAAAAAUAUAUUUCGGCUCGUAAUUACCGGAGGGUUAUUAAAAAUUUUUUUAGUGUUUAUCAGUGUAGUGUACGUGUAUGACUACGUAUCGUCCUCAGAAAGUGUCAUACAUUUUAAUUAUAUAUUUUUAAAAUUAAUAAAUAAAUCCGGGAAUUUUAAAUUGGCGACAACUUCGUCAGCAUAUUUUCAGGAUACUAUUGAGGAGUCGUGAUAACAACAGAGGGAUGACAUCAAAUGAACCAACAAAGAAAGCGCGAUUAGCGGAUCAAAAAAAUACCACUUCAACUGAAUGUAGGAUGAAACUGAAACCGAUCGUUCCGGUUGAAUUUACAGAAGAUAUUCCACUUCAUGAUGCUUACGUUGGAAUUUUAAUAAAUAAGAAAGACAUUGCCAUUGCAAUUAAACAAAUUUCCACUUUUUUGCCUGGUUUUGGACAUUUGAAGCGAUGCUCUAACAAUAGAUUAUUAUUGUCGUUUAAAAAAGAAAAAUCCCAGUUAAUAAAAAAUCUUGAACCCUCGUUCGAAACUGAAGAUGAAUUAAAACAAUUUUUAACUGAUAAAAAAUUCAAUCUAAAUUUAUUCGAAAACAACUUCGUGAUUGUUCCAGUAUGUAGAACAGCGCCAAGAAGCUCAGCUCAGGCACAAAAGGCUGCCAAAAGUUGGCCAGUUAGUUUUCAUCCUGACAUCGAAUUAGAGUCUAUUCUUAACGGAACUUUUUUCACACCUGAUCAGCAAGAUGUUAUUCGAGCUUGCAUGCAAGUUUGUAUCGAAGCAACUAAAAAAGAAGAUAUUGACAAUGAAAUUUGCAGUGGUGGUGUUGUAAUUUUGAAUCCUAAUGAUCACGGGACUAGUAAAAUACUCGCAAUUUCGACAGCUAGGGUAAAUGAACAUCCUAUGUGGCAUGGAUCCAUGCUGGCUAUAGAUCUAAUAGCCGCAAUGAGAGGCAAAGGAGCUUGGAAUUUAGUACCGAGUGAAAACCCUUUAAAGAACAUUGACAAUAAAAAAAGAAAACCAGAAUCCAACCUUCCACUUUGUUAUCCAUCAACUUUGAGUACUAUUAAUAUUCCAAAAUUUGAAUAUCCCGCUGACGUCAAAUCCAAAUCCAAAACCGACGAUGCACGAGAGGAUUGUAAAUAUCUGUGUACAAAAUAUUGGGUAUUUCUUGAUCAAGAGCCUUGUGCGAUGUGUGCUAUGGCACUACUCCAUUCGAGAGUUGGAAUGGUGUUUUAUAAUGCCGCUAAUAAAACCCAUGGUGUUUUGGGCAGUAAAACAUCGUUGCACACAUUGCCUGGUUUAAAUCAUCGUUAUAAAGUAUGGUCUAGUGCCCUUGAGCGUGAUUCUUCAGAGACCAUUAUCAAUCUACCACUUAAAUGCAAGCAAUAAAAUUAUUUAGGCAACUCUUACAUGCGGUCCAAAAUGAAUAAACGCUUAGGAAUUGUUCAUAUACAUUAGUAUCCACAUGAAUGCUGUCAAUGUCAACUGGAAUUGCCGUUAAUUCGUCUGAAUGUCAAGUAGUCAGUGUAUUCUCAUAUGUAUAUAAUUCAUACAUAUAUAUAUAUUCAAACAAAUAUGAACAAUCAUUAUUUUAUGAAGUAUAAUUAAUUUUAAUAGCAUAUUUCUAUAACUCUACAGUGAUUAAAUUAAGUAUAUUUUUAUAAAAUUUUGAACAAUGGUUAAAUACAAAAACAGCCAAGCCCAGAUUAGUUUAAUUUUCUGCAAUAGUUAUCCUAGCUUUCCGUUUCCUUUUCCUGUACAAUCGCUUUAUAUACUAGAUUGAUUUACGACCUAAUGACAUUGUCACUUAAUGUAUUUGGUAAAUUGAACAACUAAGCGUGUUCGUAUCUCCGGGAUCUUUUAAUUUAUUAUUGGUAUUUGAACGAAUGGCGUAGUCGACCUAAGCGAUUGACAUCAAUUGCUCUAUAUCCAGUACAACUUCAUACGAUGAGUACUAUGUAAGAGGGUUUAUCCCAUAAUAAUUAUAACU